CAUGAGAGAGAAUAUUACCUGCAUUUAAGCCAGUCUCUCAACAGAGGUGUCCAACUUGAACAAUCCAGGGGAAUCAGACUUCCCUCCACAUGCUGAGGACCAUGGAGACGCUCUUGAAAAUGCUCCUCCUGAGCAUGGUAUUGCUGAGCCCCUACUCCCACGCUUUUAAUACUGAGCUGGUGAAAUGCUUUGAUGACCCUCAAUAUGAAGAGCUGCUUGGGCUAUUGCAGGGUGGCCUGGGAGCACCCAUUGAAAAGAAGAGUGUGGUAGUGAUCGGAGCUGGCAUAGCUGGGCUCACUGCUGCCAAAGUCCUACAGGAUGCAGGUCACCAGGUUACUGUGCUAGAAGCUUCUGGACGAGUAGGUGGAAGGAUUGAGACUCACCGAGUACCUGGAGCAAAGUGGUAUGCUGAACUCGGUGCCAUGAGGAUCCCUGCCAACCACAUGUUUUCUCGUGAACUCAUCAGUCAAUUUGGAUUAAAGCUGAAUGAGUUCUCCAGAUAUGAUGACCGAACAUGGGUCCUCAUCAAUGGAGUACGUCGACGGACUGGGGAAGUACAAGCUAAUCCUGGACUCCUUGGUUACCCUGUCCGGUCAGAUGAAAAGGGGAAAACAGCUGACCAAUUGUUUGAUGAAUCCCUGAGGAAGGUGGUAGAAGAGCUGAAAAUGAGCAAUUGUGGCCAAAUCCUAGAAAAGUAUGAUUCCUUUUCCACUAAGGAAUAUCUAAUUAAGGUAGGAAAUCUGAGCAGAGGAGCAGUGCAGAUGAUUGGUGAUCUCAUGAACGCUGAUGCUGGUUACUAUGAAGCCUUCACUGAGACCUUAAGAGGAGUCAUUUCCUUCUUCCAGAACCCCCAGUUUGAGGAAAUCACUGGUGGCUUUGACCAGCUCCCUAAGGCCUUACAUGACUCCCUCAUUCCUGGCACCGUCCACCUCCAUUCGCAAGCAGAGGAGGUGGUAAGGGAUGGGGACCUCGUCCAUAUCAUCCAUCAGACACCUGACCCACUUCAGCCUCGGGCCCACCUGACUGCUGACUAUGCCAUUGUGGCAACAACAGCCAAGGCUGCCCGACUCCUCCACUUCCACCCACCUCUGUCACCAGGUAAAGAAGACGCCCUGCGCUCAGUCCACUACAAUAGUGCCACCAAGGUGAUCCUGGCCUGCACCAAGCGCUUCUGGGAGCAGGAUGGUAUUUAUGGUGGGAAGUCUAUAACAGAUCGUCCCUCCCGAUUUAUCUUCUACCCCAAUCAUGACUUCCCCAAUGGAACAGGCGUCAUCUUGGCCUCUUACACCCUGGAUGAUGAUUCUACCUUCUUUGCUGCUAUGGAUCAAAAACGGGUAGUGGAUAUAGUGUUAGAGGAUCUGGCUGCUGUCCACAAUCGCCCCAAAGAAGAGCUGCAGGCCCUUUGCCCCUACUCUGUGGUCAAGCGCUGGAGCCAAGAUUCCUAUUCCAUGGGCUGCUUUGCCUUCUUUACACCUUACCAAUAUGUAGACUACUCCCAGGAGCUCUUCCAACCUGAAGGGAGGAUACACUUUGCAGGGGAGCAUACCACACUCCCUCAUGGUUGGAUUGACACGGCUAUCAAGUCUGGUCUCCGAGCAGCCCAGGGUAUUCAAGAAACUGUGGGAUUAUUAAAACAAGAUAAGGAAGCCAGGAAAGAGAAUGGGCCUAGAAAUGAAUUGUAAUCAAGGAAAAGACAGUUUAAAUAGAUGAGGUAGUAUAGUAGAUACAGUGAAAAGAACCUUGAGUUGGAAUCAAGAAAUACUUGGUUUUAAAUCUUGCCUCUGGCAUGUUAGCUAUUUGACCAUAUACAAGUCACUUAACUUCCUUAAAAUUUCUUAAGUUUUUUUCUCCAUAAAAUGGAGAUAUUAUUUUCUGUAGUAACUACCUCACAGGGUUAUAAUUAUGAUCAAAUAAAAUAAUAUAUGCAAAUGUGCUUAUUUAAAUGUUAAAAGACUUUUUUUGACCUGCCAUCAGUAGGAUACAUGUGUUUCUUGCCUGAUUCCUAGUCAUAGGUAUGAAUGGAAGAGACCUGCCUACAAUUUGUCUCUCCUUUGAUUCAAUGAUGCACUAUUUGUGAGAUCAAUGUCUGGGUGAUGUCUUCAAAUAAGGAACAAGUGGAAAUCAAACCCCAAAUCUUGCUCUCAACCAACUAAGCUAAAUAGCAUUUUUGACAGACAUCACAUUGUAGUUCAU